AUGGUGAUUCCAUUUAACAAUUUACCAAACAUUAGUUUAAGAUUUUUAUCUGUUACUGCAGGAAUUUUGAUGAUUACAGCGGGAAUAUUAAAUAUUUUUAAUUUAUUUCAGAUAGUCAUAAAUAUAUACAUAAUAUGUUCAGGGAUUUUGUUAAUUUUAUGUGAUAUAAAAACUUUUCGUUUUUAUAGAUUUAUCGAAUUUUUAUUUACAGUAGUUGGUAGAUGUCUUUUUAUUCUCAUAAUAGGAUCGAUUAUAAUUAAUAAUUCAUUCCUUAAUAUAUUGAUUGGCUUAAUAAUAAUUAUUAUAUCAGUUUUAUAUAUGUUUCUAGGAUAUUAUAAUGGAAUUCCUAUUCCAUUAAUGGACAAAAAUAAUAAUAUUAAUUCAUUUUCAGAAAAUAAAAAUAACAGAAUGAGUUCUUGUUCUGUAGAAACGACACAUGAAUUAAGUUUUGAUGAAAAAAAGUAG